AUGUCGAAUAAAGUGAAAACACUGGAUGGAGUGGCCCUGGUCACAGGCGCAGGUUCUGGUAUCGGCCGUCAGAUCUGCCUUAGCUAUGCUCAGGCGGGAUGUAAGGCUAUUGCCUUGGCUGAUCUCAACGUUAAGGGAGUCAACGAAACCAUUGCGUUGCUCAAAGCCGAAGGGUAUAACGUGGAGACCCUGGCCUUGGAAACAAACGUCGCAGAUCCUAUUUCAGUGAGGAAUGUGGUCGAGCAGACUGUCAAAGCAUUUGGAAGCUUGGAUUAUGCCGCCAACGUCGCCGGAAUCACAACAAUCGCUCGAGUGCCAACCGCCGAAUAUCCACACCAAGAGUAUGAUAAAAUUUUGGAAAUCAACGCAAAGGGUGUCAUGAUCUGCAUGCAGGAACAGGUGAAGGCGAUGAAGAAGCAACCCGCUAAAUGCACUCCUGGAAUCGACAAUCCACGCCGAGCGCAGCGAGGAAGCAUCAUCAACAUUGCCUCCGUCACUGGAUUCGCUGGGUUGCAAAACAUGAUGCCGUACAAUGUCUCCAAACACGCUGCGAUUGGUCUCACGAAAUCCGCCGCCAUUGACCAUGGCUGCGACGGGAUUCGUAUCAACGCUGUGUGCCCGGGUAUGACCGAGACACCCAUGGUUGCAGCUCGGACAACUUCUAUCCCCGGGAAGGCCAGCGGCUGGGCAGUGGAUGGAAACACAAGGCAGCGACUUGCACUUCCCGAGGAAAUCUCUGAUGUUUGUAUAUUUUUGAGCGGUUGUGGUGCCAGCUACAUGUCGGGGGGGGUCGGUUGUGGUCGAUGCGGGACAUCUGGCAGCAUUGCGUUAUGA